AUGUGGUAGCAUUGUAGUAGCAAGCAGCAAAGCAAGCAAAAGCUUCCAGAGCUCCCGUCCGGCCCCCUCUCCAUUCGCUCUAUUCGCUUUUCGCAUUCCCCCCAAGCUCCCCCAGCUACCAGCUUACCGGACCCCUCCCUCUCACACACACUCGACGCUUUGCUCCCCCCUUCCUAAGCAGAGCAGCCUUUCCCCAAGCACAACGGCCACCGUAUCCCUCCUACCACCCCCAGCUUUCCCCUUUCCCUUCCUUUUCUCCUUCUCUUUUUCUCUCCUCCUUUCCCAUCUUUUCCAUCGAAAAUCCAUCCGAUUUUCCCUCCUACUCAUCAAACCACCGACUUGUUUCCCGGUCCCGCAUAAAAAAGUCCCCCUCGACCCAAUUCCAAGCUUUAAAACAUGACUUCUCGAAAGAGGAAGCAAGACGAGGAGGAGGAAGAACUCGUCGCACUCCCCAGUGACGAGAGUGAAGAGGAAGAGGAAUACAUCUCGGAAGGCGAAGAGGAUGAAGAUGCCGACGAUGCCGAGGAAGAUGAGGAAGAAUAUGACGAAGCAGCCGAGCCAGAAGAAGAAGAGGAACAUAGCCACAGCAAUGGCAAUGGCACUAGCAACGGCAAUGGUGUAAAGCACCCAAAUGCAGCUGCACCAACCGAAGCUCCCCCGAAGAAGAAACUGAAGACGGCCAAUGCUCCCACCGAACCUGUUCCUGUCGUCAACAAUGGCGCCGAGGAUGACGGUGAGGAGGAUGAGUUUGACGAAGAUGGCCUCGGGGAAGAGGAUGAGCUCGAGGGCGAGGGCGAGGAAGAGGAAGAUGGAUUCGAGGAUGAAGUUGAAGGUGAAGGCGAAGGCGACGAAGAGGAGAAUGGUGUCGAUGAACCUAAGAAGCUAGGCAUCGAUGUGGACGCGCCCGCCAAAGGAAAGGCCCAGGUAGCAACCGAAGUUGCCGCCAACGGUGAAGAGGCUGAGGAUUAAACACCUCAGCAUCUCACCUCGGGCAGCCCGGGCCAGAACAUCAGGCAUCCUUCCUAUGCCUAAUCCUCACACCGGGCCGAGAUCGUGAGCCGCUCUAAUUCCCGCUUGAGGCUCUCGUUUCUUCGCCACCGCCUAUUUCGCAUCCGUUCUCGCGUUUUGGAGGUUGCCUUUCCUAUGUCUUCCUAGCUACAUGUUUCCUAAUCAACGGCAAUAGAAGGAUUCUUGUGUGAAAUCUGAAGCACAUUCCAUGGAGAAGAUCAGAAAAGGCACUGCCCUCGUUAAAUCUCGAUAGACUUUAGAUAUUGCAAGUCGUGAUGCUAUUCAACUUUAGUGACAUAUAGGUAGUCCUGGCGCUUCUGAUCAUCACAUAGUAGUAACUCGCAAUGCAAAACAGGGAAGUAUUACGGCAACGGUAAUGC